AUGACUCCUUACAAGCUUGUCUAUGGCAAGAAUUGCCACUUGCCGGUGGAACUUGAGCACAAGGCCAUGUGGGCCAUCAAAACCGUGAAUUUCGAAUUGACUAGUGCGGGAGAGAGGCGCUUGCUUAACCUUCAUGAGUUGGAGGAACUCUGCAUGAAUGCUUAUGACUCGGAGAGCAUCUACAAGGCCCGGUCUAAACAAUAUCAUGAUGCUCAGAUCGAGAAGAGAGAGUUCAAGGAGGGAGAGAAAGUCCUCCUUUAUAACUCGCGGUUGAAGUUGUUUCCGGGUAAACUCAAGUCCCGGUGGACCGGUCCUUUCAUUGUUGUUCGGGUUUUCCCGCACGGUACUAUUGAGAUCCGGAAUGAUAGUAUGGCUACUUUCAAGGUGAAUGGUCAUCGCCUCAAGCAUUAUUACUUAGGCGAUCCCAUUGGUUCCAUUGCUUCCAUAGAUCUCCAUGACCCCCCAUGA